AAUGGAAGUCAUGUAAAGAACACGGGUUCCUAUAAUUGAUUAUUAAUAAUGUUAAUAUUUUAGUGAUUGUGCUUAGUUCGUUACAUCAAAAACCAAGUAUAUCGUAGAUCUGAGGGCAUGACCUAAAUUAUCUAUAUAAGUGUAUUGUUUAAGGUGUAUUGUAUACCGGUUCAAGAGCAAUGGACAUGGAUAUUCCUCUUCCUGGUGAGGAACCUCCUCCAACAGGGAUAGAACCUCCCGACAUUCCAAUGCCAGACGACCCCCCGGAUUCACCAAGAAGAGUUGUAGAAGCUUCGACUGACUCGAUGGCUUCUGAACCUUCACAGGACAAUGAACCUCCCCUCCCCCCCGAUGGUGCACCUGGGAAUGAAGAUAUGGCUGACGAUUCUAACAGGUAUUCUCCAAGUCUACCGAUGGAAGAAGAUGAUCUCCCAGUCUCUGAGGUUGCUGCCGAAUCUGGAUCACAUCCACUUUCUUUACCUUCCCCAGUGAACUUCCUCCCGCAAGCUGUUAGGUCAUCAACCUCUCAGGCUCCUGUGUUAGGUAAAACUCAGGCCAAAAAACGACUCCUAGCCUUCUCCAUGACCAAGCAAGGCGGAGGAGCUGGUGUUUCAUUCAAUUUGACCAAGAAAACCGCCAUUAACAAAGAAACGGCCAAGGGGUUUAGUGAUGAAAAGGAUGAGAACAAGAAGAAACCACCAAAGAAAGGAUCAGUAGAUAAAGCUAGAGAUACUAUCAGUGAAAUAGAAGAAUUAAAAAGAAAAGAAAUGCAGUUGCUGGAAAACAUGCAGAAACAUCCACAUUAUGGAGUAAAAGACAACCUUGCUCUUGCAGCAGCAUUACCUCUACAGUUAGUCGUAGGAGAAGUUUUGGCAAAGAAAUCCAAGAGGGAAGCAGAAAGAAGAAAAGGAAGAAGUAGGAGUCAGAGUGAAGAGAGGCAUAGAAGUAAAUCUAAAAAGUCUGAUAAAGACAGAGAGCGAUCCAAGAAUAGAAAGAUAUUGCCAUCCAGUUGGAUUGAAUUCAAAAAAGAAGGCCAUAAACUUAGGCAUUUCCGCAGGUUUAAAUAUGAAGUGGAAAAAGAGAAGUUAAGAGAUAAGAAAAGGCACAGAAGAAAUAGCAGAUCAAGGUCAAAGGAAAAAUCUAAGAGAGAGAAAAGCCCUAGUAAAACUGGAAGUCGUGUAAACCUUUUAGAGACUCCAAUGGUUAUCAAGAAAGUCUUGGUCGCAUUAGAUGUAAGAGGAACUGGGGAUAUUGACUUUCCUGAAUACUUAGUUCGCUACACCAAGACUCGGCCACCCAUCAGUUACUGUGAAAAUCAAGCUCAUGCAACCUACCAUCUAUGUGAUCGUAAGACUAUGAUGUCUUCUCUUCCUCGAGAUAUUGAAGAAAUUGUAGUAAACUUCCUCAACAGCAUUAGAUCAAAGAGGUUACGAACCAAACCUAGCAUCACAGAGGUAAGCGAAGGAGUUAAAAAUGUAAUGGAAUCCUUCAAUCAACUAGACAAUGAGAGUGAAAUCUGUGUUGACAAUAACCAAGAGACAGGAGUAAAAAGUUGUCUAGAAGGUGAAAUACAAAGAGAUACUAGAAUAGAAAGUAAUGAAGACCCUAGUGAUUUAGAGGAUGUCAAGAACACAACCCAAGAGGUUGAAAGAGCUACCAUCAGUACAAAUGAUGAUGGUUUGAAUGCCUUCAAUGAAGAAAAGCAGAAAGAAAGUGACGAGACUAACCCUGAAACUUAUAAUAGCUGUGAUAGAACACCCAACGACGAGAAUAAAAAUGAAGAUAAUAAUCAAAAGGACUCUGAAGAACUUAAAAUUAAAGAUGAAGAGAGUUGUAAUCUUAAUCAUCGAUCUUGGUAUCAAACUGAUAAGGAAUGGAUGGUGGUUAACGUUCCACUGAACGAGGAAGAAGAUGUGGAAGUGGAAGAACUAGAUGUUGUGCCUAAUGUUGUCAUCAAUUCAGAACAUUUUGAUGAUGUUAAUGAAGAACCUACAUCAGAAGCCAAAUCCAGCAAAAAAGAUAAUUUCAAACCUCGGUCACGAAAUAUCAGUCAAAGUAGUUCAAAUGUUAUAACAGAAGAACUAGAGCCUAUUAUCAAGUCAGCCAUCCGUUCAAAAUGGGAUAGUGACUAUGAAGAAUCAGAUGAGGAUAAGAAAUCUGAUGAAGCUCAAAAUGAAUCAGUAAAUGAAAAACCUAAAGAUGUACCCAAAGACAAAACUGAUGAAAAUGUAAAAUUAGAUUUAGAAGUGCAAGAUAUUAAUAAGGACAACUUGGGAGUUGUACCAAUGGAAGUGGAGGAGGAUGACAGGGUUGAAGACGAAAGUCUCAAAAGUGCUGCAGGUGAGGACUUGAUCAAUAAUGCAAAAUUAGAUUCACAUGAAAAAAAUAACUCAGAACCUCCUGAUAAAGUAGAAAAAUUAGCCUAUGAAUAUGAAGAAUUUAUGAAAAUGUUAGGUUCAGAAAACGAACGAGAUGAAAUUUCUAGUAAUUCAAUAAAACCUGAUAAAAGUACAGACUUAAAUAACACCUGGGAAGAUGAAAUCAGUGAUAAAGAAAACUAUGUUGAAAAUGAUUCAUUAUCAAUAAAUGAUAGUUCUCAUGUACAAAGUGAGAUAAAUGUAUAUGAUAAACAGUCCGAAGAGCCAUCUGAUAAUGUUCCUAAACCAGAGUGGGAAGAAAAGAAAAUAUUUUUAAAUCGAUCAAGGUCUCCAAGUCCAACCCACUCUGUAGAAAUGGAAAGUAUUAAGGAAGUAAUCUUAAAACAUAAGCUCUUCAAUGAAAGUCUUUUGGGUAAGAAAAGGAAAUCUAAAGUCCUAGGAUCCAAAAUAAAAAAGAAAUCUAAAGACAAACAUAAAAAAUCUAAGAAAAAGAAGAAGAAACAUACCAGUAGCGAUUCAUCAACGUCAUCUUCAAGUUCGAGCUCUGACUCGUCAUCCUCGUCGUCCUCUUCUAGUUCAAGCGAUGACUCUUCAAGUGACUCAUCAAGUUCUAGUUCUUAUAGCAGUUCCAGUUCAGAUAGUUCAAUUGACCUAAAAAAAUUGAAAAAACGCAAACUUAAAAAGUUGAAAGCUAAAUUAAGGCGCAAAAAGAAAACAAAAUACAACUCUAGUUCAGAGUCUUCCGAAUCUAGUGAGGAUGAAAAAGAAGGCUUGAAAAAGAAGAACAAGAAAAAAGUGAAAGAAAGUAAAAAAAAGAAAAAGAAAAAUAAAGAUAAAGUUGCAAGGAAAAAGAAAAUGGGAGAACCUGAAGGCCAGGUAUUGUUGAAAAAACAGGUUAAAAAGAAAAGGAAACUCCCUAUUGAUGAGGAGGAGGAGAUUGAAGGAGUCCCGAAAAAAAAGCAAAGCAAAAUCGAUGUUGAUUUGUUGGUAAAAGCUGUAAAAUUGCCGAAAAAAGAAAAAAAUAAAUCCAAAAAAACAUUAAAAAAUAAUAAAGUGAAGAAAAAGAAAGAUGUCUCGUCCAAAAAGAAGGAAAAAUUGAAAAAGAAGAGUUUAAAAGAAAAGCCUAAGUCCGGUGUUGAUCACAUUGAAAGAAAGACAUCGUCAAGCAAAACUAAGCUGAAGAAGGGGGAAAAGAAAGAAAAGGAUCUUUUUUUAGACUUUGUAGAGAGCUCAAAACCCUCUAAACAAAUUGAAGAUGAGGAAACAAUAAAUGAACGUCAAAGUAUCACGAAAACAGGAAUUAAGAUGUCUGAGGAAGAUUUUGAUAUUCCUAUUCCCAAAGUCGAAAAUAAGAGGCAAUUUUAUCUUGAAACAGAUGAUUUGUUUCAGCCUAAAAUGUCCAUUGAAAGCAAGGUUCCUUUUUUAGGAAAUAAAAGAUUGACUGAAGAGGAUUUUGAAAAGGACGUUGAAGAAAAAGCAUUGGAUAGAAAUAAUAUUCAUGGCAGUAGCAUUUGUGAAGAAACUUCUGUCAUAAGAAUUAAUGAUAAAGUCAAAUUAUCGGGUACGGCUGAGGAUCUUGAUGGUAAAUCUAAGAAAAGGUCUAAAAAAGAAAAAAAAGACAAGAAAAAAAAGAAACAAAGAGAAAAGUUAAGAAACAGUGUUGAUAUUGAAGGUGAAAGUGACAAGAAAAAGAAGAAAAAGAAAAAAGAUAAGAAGUUUAAGGCCUCAGAAAAAGCAAAUAUAUUUGAUUUACAAAGAACUGAAACAUAUUUAACCACUCUGAAUAAAGGUCUGUUAGAAAUAAAACCCACUGUAUCUGAACAAAGAUGUUUUAGAGAAAGUAGCCAAGAAUCAAAUGUUAACGAUUCUAUAAAUAUAUCUCCUACUAGGGCCAGAAAAGCGACUAAUUGGAGUGAUGAUAGUGAAACACGAGGUUGUUUUUUAAAACAUUUUAACGAUGAGAUAAAAAUACGUGAAGAAAUGCCUGAUAUUGAAGAAGAGAAAAUUCGUAAAAUUGAAAUUCCUGAUAAAAUACCUAUAAUUAGGUUCGAUUCUCAAAGUGGUGAUGAGUAUAGAGAGAUUACAUUCAAUACUCUGGGUGAUUUUGAAACAAAAAUGCAACAACUAGAUGAAGACUUCAGAAUUUCUAAAGAAAAAAGAGAAAGGGAUUCUUUUUUUGAAAACUUGUUAAAAAAAAGUGAUGAUUCCGAAUUACUAAUGUCACCAAUAGUUCCUCUUUUCGAUACAAGCUUACCGUCCUCUCAAGAAAAAAUUAAAAGUCCAGGAAAAAAAAUUGAAGUAAAGGAAAGUUUGGCAUCCACCCCAGUUACUAAAUGUGAUUUGAAUCCACUCUCAGAUGUUUGUGUUUUACAAAAAGAACUUAUUGAUAACAAGGGAAAAAGGUAUCCAGAAUGUUUAAAAUCUGAUAAAUUGACUGAAGAACCUAGUAAUAUGAUACCAUCAAUGGUACAUGCAUCUGAAAAAAAUAUAGAUUCAGAAAGAUAUAGCCCCACAUUGGACUUGGAUCCCUUAUCUCCCAAUAGUAAUGAAAAAGUCAAUAGUGACAUGUCAUUGGAAAGUAAUGCACCAGAAGACUCAAAUUCCAACAAAAAUAUUUCUGGUAUCAGCAUGUUAGACAUUCCGUUACCUCCUAGUGGACUUGACUUGCAGCAAUCCCAAAUAUCACCUGUUCCAGCUCCAGUACCUCCACCAGUAAUGCCAGUACCCCUGCCCUCAUUUAAGAAUAUAUUAAAUGAUAGGCCUCAGUUCUCAAACACAUGUUCUUCUAUCAGCAAUAUUUCUAAGAAUACUGAGUUUAAAACUACUGUUUCAGCAUUAUCUGAAAACACAGGAGUCAAAACAUUUUUGACUGAUCCUUUGAAAAUACCUAUUACAAAAAAGUUAUACUAUGGGAAACCUGUACCACAGUUGAAACAAGUAAACAUAUUUGAGAAUGAUGAUGAUGAUGAUGAGGAGGGGGAAAGUAGUCAACAAAAUAAUAGCCGUCCAAAAUUUCCUUAUGACUCUGACGUUGAUGAUAAGAUCAAAACAACUUCUGUCAUUUCAGAGAAGGUUUCAAAAGACUCUUUGGAUAAAGUUUGUGACAUAACAAAAGGCAACAUUGUAACUUCAUUAGGAAAAGAUGAAAUUAUACCCACCACACUUAUUGAUGCACAAGUUAUGAAAGGCACAAUACAGAAGGAAAACAUCAUUUCAAUUAACCCUUUAAAAAACAAUAACACAGAAAAUUUACAAAAAGAUUUAGAGGUAACUGCUACAAAUGUGUUGAAUACAGAUCAGGAGACCUUCAGUGUUAAAGGCGUAAAGAGAAGCUCGGUUGGUUCUACUCAAGUAGUAAAUGAUGAAAGUGGUGGCAGUGAAAACCAAGAAUCAGAAAACCAAACCAAAGAAAUCCCUAUUAAAGAAGAAAUAGUGUCUGAUGACCAAGCUAAUAAUGAAAAUAUUGAUAGUUCUAAUUUUGUUCCUGAUAUUCUGAUCAAGCAAGAACCUGAGAGUGAUGUAUCUCAAGGUGUACAAUCAGAUAAAAUUCCAGAGGAAAGUCAAGAUACUGAUGAAGCAGAUAAGAUACAGUUAUUAGAAGAGGACAGGAGGCGUAAGGAGCGUGAAGAUAAUAGAGGAUCAAGGCGAAGAGAAUCUUCUCGGGAGAGACGUGACAGAGCAAGAAGAGAUUUGUCUAGAGAAAGAGACCGGAAAAAAGUUAGAUCUCGUUCAAGAUCAAGAGAUAGGAGAAGGGAUCGAUAUCGUCGUGAUUCACCAGAUAAGAGAAGUAGGAGGCGAGAUAGAUCUAGAGAAAGAACCCGUAGAAGUUCACCUAAGGACAGACGUAGAGAAAGGAGCCCCCGGGGAAGAAAAGAUCAAUCUAGAGAUCAAAGUCCUAGGAGAAGAGAUAGUUCAAUAGAUGUUCGUUCUUCAGAAAAACGAGAUUCCAGCCAAACUCAUAUGCAAGAAAAAAUGUCUAAGCAGAGCCCUAUGAGAAAAUCAUCAAGCCCACAUAAAAGAAAACCAAGCCCACUAAGAUCUCCUAGUCCUCACAAAUACUCUUCUAGUCCUCUUUUAAAAUCUCCUUUGUACCAAAAACGGAUAACUUCCUCACAGGCACGCUACUCACCAAGUCAACAUCGAUCAAGCCCUUCAAUGAGAAACAGAUCUCCAAGCCCAAGAAAAUUUACAAGCCCUAGGAGAUCUAUAAGCCCUCAAAAUAAACCCCCAAGCUCUAUAAAAGAAAGUGACAGUCCUCAGAAAAGUGCUUAUAAUCUUCAGAGAAAACCACCAAGCCCACAAAGCCCUUACAAUAGUCCCUAUAGAUCUCCAAGUCUCCAAGGUGGACAUAGCCCUGUGAAACUUUCAAGUCCAACCAGAAGGUAUUUGAGUCCAACUAGAAGAUCUCAAAGUUCAUGGCGCCCUCCAAGCCCUCCCAAAAGGCCCUCAAGUCCAAAUCUACGCCCACCUAGUCCAGGGAAGCGAACACCCUUAUCUCUGAAAAAUCUACCUAGUUCUUCCAAAAAGUCUCUUAGUCCCUGGAGACCUCCGAGUCCUCCUUCUAAUGACCAAGAUCAAAAGAAGGCAAGAGCACAAAAUGUUGAGUAUUCUGGAAGAAACCCGUCACCCCUCGGAUUCAAACGUAGUUUAGCAGAUUCUACAAUUAGUGAUUCUGAUCUACCGCCAAUCAAAAAAAUCACUAGAAAUGCUGUUCUAUCACCAAAGAGGUUGCCUUUGGAUGAUCGUAUAGAACUGGAGUUGGGAGUAAAAAAGAGUCCUCCUCCACCCCCACCCACAGUCAUGAAUUAUCCAGGGUACCAAUCUUUCUACCAGAUUCCUGUGCAUGAUGGAAGCUCCAUAAACCUACAACCUUCCUCUCAGCAGCAUAGGAAUCCCAACUUAGUCCAGCCACCGAGACUAGAUUGGGAUGCCAGUCAACAGCUCAUGAAGCAGGGGAAAUCUAGCAAAGUUCUACAGGUUGGCAACAUACUGCAGGUUGUGCCAAGUGAAGCAUUGUCCGUGCCAGUGCCUGUGCCAGUUGCAGUUGCGUCUACUCCUGUACCUCCCCCAGCUCCAGUGCCGAUACCCCCCAUCCAACCUCCUGUUACUCCUGUUACUGCACAGGUUGCUCAAAGUCCAAGCAAACCUACAGUACUACAAGUUGGCAACGUGUUACAGGUGGUUCCCAAUACCCCAAGUACACCAGUUGGUCCCCUAUCACUGCCCCUUCCUCCUGUAUCCCCCUCUCCGCCACCACCACCAGCCCCUGCUGUAGCUCCAGUAACCAGCCCACUUCUGCUACCACUUCCUGUGGCGAAGAAGAACAUUAAAGUGGAUGAUUCAGCACUGAGGAGGAUGGAAAAGGAAAAGAGAAAGAAGGAGAAGGAAUUAAAGCGACAACAAAAAAUACAGAAACAGAUGUUAAGGAAAGCUCUCUUGCUUAAGGAUACGUAUCCUACAGUAUCUGAAUUGGAGACACAACAGGCCAAAUUGGAAGCAGAGGAUACAGCCGAAGAAGUGGCUUCAAUACCUCAUGUGGUAGUUACUCCAAAAGCCAGAAAUCCUCUACCUCCACCUCCAGAAAAAGGAAUUCUGAUAUCUCCUGGGUUCAGAGAACGACCCCUAAAAGAAGAGAAGAUUAAGAAGAAUGUGUCGUUUGCCGAUGGAGUUCAGCCAGGAGAGGGAGAAGACCCGCCAUUGACCGAGGAACACCCCCACUCACCACCUCCAAUGGCUAAGGAGAAACGCUUCAAAAAAAGUAAAAAGAAGCGCAAGGUGAAGGUGAGAAUCAUCAGGGUUGAAGAUGGAGACGAUGAUGAGGAGGAUGACAGUACACCUCCCCCACCACCUCCAGGCUCUCCCCCGCCAAUGUUCCACUACCCCCCGCCACCUCCAGGGUUUAUGUAUGUUCCUCCACAAUCUUUUACAGUCCUCCCAGGCAGUACACCGUUGUAUCAGCAACACCAUAGUACCACCACAACCACCCACACAACUACUGUGCAGUUUGCUCCUCACCACCCUCCACCACCUUCAGCUCCUCUGCACAAAACUAAGUAAAGGAAAUCCAGAUUUGUGUGGGGUGCUUGACUGUCAUCUUGGAUAUUUACCUAACUAAGAUUUAGCAAAUGUCAUAUUGAAGACUUUGUAGUAUAUACUUAUUGUUAUGAAGAACAAUUUUUCAUCAUUAAGAAUUUUUUUUUAAAGUUAAAAGUAUCAAGUUUUAUAAAAUAACAUUGUAUACCAUAACAAAAAUUGUGUCAACUUUCAAUUUGCACUCGAAAUGUACAUGUUAUGAUAAAACUGUUCUUAUCACUGUUUAGAUUUCAUUCAAGCUUUAAAUUUGUAUAAUCAUUAUUGCUUAUUGUUAUUAAUGUUAUGAUCACAUGAAUGUAGGUUCUUGAGGACUGUUUUGAACUUAUUAAUGAAAUAAUCUGUGAUUAACUAAUCAUAUUUCUUUUAUGAACAAUUAUAUUUAGCCAACAAGUUUCCUAUUUGUUUUUUACAGUGGAACUGUAAUAUCAUCUACAUGAGAUUAAAUUCAUAAAUUGUAUCUUCAUUGUGCUUAGUUUUGUAAGUUAUAAGUUUUGUACGCUGGUCAUUGCAAUCACUGUGGAUUAAUGUAUAUAAGCAUGCAAUGUGUUAUGAGAUUAAAUAAAUUAAUUAGUAUUUUCA